GGAGGGGGGGCGGCUUCCCCCAAUUUCCAAGUGGUAGACCUGCCUCUGCGCGCUGCCCAAUGAGAUCCGUCAGGGGAGGCACCCGGCUCACUUUUCCACCUCACUUCACAGUUCCGUUUGGCAGCCGGGCGGGCUGGCACGCCGGAGCGCUCGGGCCCGAAUUAGUGCAUUGAUCAGGACUCGCCCUGCCUUCCCCGCACGCCCGCCCGCACGUCGCCCGCCGGGGGCCCAGACGGUCGCGUCCACUCGGGGCCGCCGAGACCCGCCGAGCCCGGCCCGCAGCUCCCCACCCCCGAGCGGCAUGCACGGAAUCCGGAGGCGCCUGCCCAGCGCGCGGGGACCGCUCGCCGCUCGCCACCCUCGGGAGCCCACCCCGAGCCCCUCCAGCCGUUGGUGAAGCCGGAGGCUUGGGAGGAUUCAGCAGCGCCGAGCCCCGGACGAGAAAUUUCAAUGAGAAGAAAAGCCAAUGGAUCGUGGCCUUAGAAAAACGGCUUAGAAAUGUCUGUUUCCUGGGCUAUACACACGCGGCAGAGCUGUAAGUAAAUGCUCGGCGCUGCAUGAUGAAUUGGAUGGCUGCAGACCGGAGGCAAAAAAAAUAAUUGUCUCAUUUUCGUGGUGAUUUGCUUACCUGGUGGGACCAUGCCAGAACGGCUAGCGGAAAUGCUCCUGGAUCUCUGGACUCCAUUAAUAAUAUUAUGGAUUACUCUUCCCCCUUGCAUUUACACGGCUCCGAUGAAUCAGUCUCAAGUUUUAAUGAGUGGAUCCCCUUUGGAACUAAACAGGCUAAGUGAAGAACAGCGAAUUUUAAACCGCUCCAAAAGAGGCUGGGUUUGGAAUCAAAUGUUUGUCCUGGAAGAGUUUUCUGGACCAGAACCAAUUCUUGUUGGCCGGCUACACACAGACCUGGAUCCUGGGAGCAAAAAAAUCAAGUAUAUCCUAUCAGGUGAUGGAGCUGGGACAAUCUUUCAGAUAAAUGACAUAACAGGAGAUAUCCAUGCUAUAAAAAGACUUGACCGAGAGGAGAAGGCUGAGUACACCCUAACAGCUCAGGCAGUGGACUGGGAGACGAACAAGCCUCUUGAGCCUCCUUCUGAAUUUAUUAUUAAAGUUCAAGACAUCAACGACAAUGCACCAGAGUUUCUUAAUGGACCCUAUCACGCUACUGUGCCAGAGAUGUCCAUUUUAGGUACGUCUGUCACUAAUGUAACAGCUACUGACGCUGACGACCCAGUUUAUGGAAAUAGUGCGAAGUUGGUUUACAGUAUCUUGGAAGGGCAGCCUUAUUUUUCCAUUGAACCUGAAACAGCGAUUAUAAAAACUGCCCUUCCCAACAUGGACAGAGAAGCCAAGGAAGAGUACCUGGUUGUCAUCCAAGCCAAAGAUAUGGGUGGACACUCUGGUGGCCUGUCUGGGACCACGACCCUCACGGUGACCCUUACUGAUGUCAAUGACAAUCCUCCUAAAUUUGCUCAGAGUCUGUAUCACUUCUCAGUACCAGAAGAUGUGGUUCUUGGCACAGCCAUUGGAAGGGUGAAGGCCAAUGAUCAGGAUAUUGGUGAAAAUGCCCAGUCUUCUUAUGACAUCAUUGAUGGAGAUGGAACUGCACUCUUUGAAAUCACUUCUGAUACCCAGGCCCAAGAUGGCAUUAUAAGACUAAGAAAGCCUCUGGACUUUGAGACCAAAAAAUCCUAUACGCUGAAGGUGGAGGCCGCCAAUGUCCAUAUUGACCCACGCUUCAGCAGCAGGGGACCCUUUAAAGACACGGCCACCGUCAAAAUCGUUGUCGAGGAUGCUGAUGAGCCUCCCGUCUUCUCGUCGCCAACUUACCUCCUGGAAGUCCACGAAAACGCUGCUCUCAACUCUGUCAUUGGGCAAGUGACUGCGCGUGACCCUGAUGUCACUUCUAGUCCUAUCAGGUUUUCUAUCGACCGGCACACUGACCUGGAGAGACAGUUCAACAUUAAUGCAGAUGAUGGGAAGAUAACGCUGGCAACGCCACUUGACAGAGAAUUAAGUGUAUGGCACAACAUAACAAUCAUUGCCACCGAAAUUAGGAACCACAGUCAGAUAUCCCGGGUACCUGUUGCUAUUAAAGUGCUGGAUGUCAAUGACAACGCCCCUGAAUUCGCAUCCGAAUAUGAGGCAUUUUUAUGUGAAAAUGGAAAACCCGGCCAAGUCAUUCAAACAGUGAGUGCCAUGGACAAAGACGAUCCCAAAAAUGGACACUAUUUCUUAUACAGUCUUCUUCCAGAAAUGGUCAACAAUCCAAACUUCACCAUCAAGAAAAAUGAAGAUAAUUCCCUCAGCAUUUUGGCAAAGCAUAAUGGAUUCAACCGUCAGAAGCAAGAAGUCUAUCUUUUACCAAUCAUAAUCAGUGAUAGUGGGAAUCCGCCUCUGAGCAGCACCAGCACCCUGACCAUCCGGGUCUGUGGCUGCAGCAGUGAUGGUGUUGUCCAGUCUUGUAAUGUCGAAGCUUAUGUCCUUCCAAUUGGACUCAGUAUGGGCGCCUUAAUUGCCAUAUUAGCAUGCAUCAUUUUGCUGCUAGUUAUCGUGGUGCUGUUUGUAACUCUGCGGCGGCAUAAAAACGAGCCAUUAAUUAUUAAGGAUGAUGAAGAUGUGCGAGAAAACAUCAUUCGUUAUGAUGACGAAGGAGGAGGAGAGGAAGACACCGAGGCUUUUGACAUCGCCACUUUACAAAAUCCAGAUGGAAUUAAUGGCUUUUUACCCCGUAAGGAUAUUAAACCAGAUUUGCAGUUUAUGCCAAGAUCACAGAAGAAGAGUUGUUAGGAGGAAUAACACAGGAUGCUGUCAAGGGGGAAAACUGCAGAAAACAAAUGUAUCAAUGAACUGAGAGGACAACGAAAGAAAAUGAGAGGUCCUGCAGGUUCAUUUAAAUUCUUCCAACUCUCUUCUGCACAGGCAAGAAUAUCCAGGGCUAUCCUAAGAGUCCUCAUAAAUUUGGGUAGGAUUUGGACAACUAUGUUUUAGCUAAACACAGAACUGUAGGUGUCAAUAAAACAAUACCCUCUUCCUAAUACACUCAUUUACCUGACUAUAACUCCACUUAAUGCUUUUCUAGGUUUUCUUUAAUUCACCCACUGAAGUUUGAAAAUUAUACUGUGUUUCAAGUCUAAUUUUUGCAUAGUGAGUGGCUGAUCUAGAGAGAUUAGCUCAGAGAUAGCCACAAAUAAACAUAUUACAGAUAAAUAACUAAAAUAUGUUUCUAAUUUUUUUCAAAACAUGUGCUAUGAUGGUCAUAUACUUGUCUUGCCUAAGACAUGAAGUCUAACUAGAGAAAUUAUAGAAGCAGAUAAAUCAUAAAAAAUAGAUUUUUAUACAGAGUAGAUGAUGUAAACAGACAGCUUUAUGAAAGUAGAGGGAAUAAUAGCUAAUUCUUCCAAGAUAAAGCAUCCUUUUAGAAACUGUGUUACAGUGAGUCUUGGAGAGUUUGUCAGUAGACCAGGAGUCUAAGCUAGGGCCUAGAUACCUAAAGUGAAUUGUACUGUUGGGGUAGGAAAUCUUGCAAAGACCUUUAUAUAAGUUCUUUUUAAGAUAUGGAAUUAUCCUUGCAAGAAAACUUCCAAUAUCCUAAUUUAUUUAAAAGUGUGUGCCAAAGAUUUUCUCCUAAUGUUUCUAUAGGGAAUAAAUCAGUGACUAAGUCAGGUCUUUGUGUUUCUUCAAAGAACUGGUUCACAUCCAAUAUAAGUGUAUGAAAAUUAAAGAAAUAAAUGUAUUUUGACAGAACAUAAAAUACACGGGGUAUUUGACAUUGAACAAUAAUGGUGAUUGCUGAGUUGUUGCCAAGUGAAGUUUCCACGAUAAAAGCAAACCAUUAGAAAAGGUCUUGGGAAGUCUUGGGUUCAUCAUUCUGCUAUACCAAGCCAAUGAAAAUAUGCAAGAAGUAAAAAGGACACCGGGCUUCAGAGACAAGAGUGAAAAUCACUCUACAAUGUUCAGUGACAAGUAGAGACCCUAUUAUACAAGUCCUAGUCAACCAGAAUACAGGUUAUUGUAUUAUUAUUGUAUGUUAGAGGAGGCAACUCAAGGGACCGCAGUACAAAGAAAUCUGGAUUUUAUUUUUCAAAAGAUUACUCCUAUUAAUGCAUGGAAUCAGGAUUAUAGGAAAUCCAAAUGAAAGCAGUAAGUGAGAUAGAAGGGGACGAAAGAAUGAAAGAAGAAAAUCCAAGUGGCAACUGUUUUUUACGCACUCAGUAGUACUCAAUGCUUACUCCUGAUUUUGUGCUAAAGGAUCAAUCCUGACAGGGCUCUGGAGACAAUAUUGGAUGCUAGAGAUUGACCCCUGAGUCUGCAAUGUGCAAGGCAAAUGCCCACCCACCAUAAUAUCUCUUUAGUUCCUGAAUAAGAACAUUUUGUAGUAGCCCAAGUAAAAGGUGUUUUGGGUCUGCUGAGAUGGUGAGAGAAAUAAAAAUCCUUCAAAGAGAUCAGUUAUGUCAGCUCUAGGAAAAUCAGUGCUGCUCACAUUUGUACGAACCCUUAGAAGUUCCGUGAGCCUGUAGAGGUCCUAUGAGUUUCUGUGCAUGAUGAUGCUUGGACGGCCCAAGAAUUAGUUAUGGAGAUGGAGUCCUCCUGGCUAUUGAGACAGAGAGAGUUGACCUGGACCAGUCAAAAGAUUUCUUGUAAAAUACUUAAUGAAGAGGAGAACAUUUUACAGCAAACAUUUAGCUUUCUACAUUUUACUGGGUUUUGAGUAAUCAAAAAAUGAAAGCUUAGACUCCCUUAGACAAAUAAAUGAAAGACACCCAAAAUCUAUAAAUAUAAAGAUCAGUCAGAACAAACCAGAAUGUAAAUUCAAUGAUACAGAAACUAAAAGGAGUAAGAGGAGUUAAAUGAUAACUUAGAAAGGGACAUAGAAAGCAUUCCCCAAGUCCUCCAAAAUAUUAGUACUGAUUUCUGGGACCAUAAAGAUUGCUCAAUAGCAAUUGAGCAAUUGCUAUUGAGCAGUAGCAAUUUAGUCAGGUUUAAUCCCUUGCACUGCUUCGUCCCCUGAGAAAAACCAGGAGUGACCGUUGAGACCACUUGGUAUGGCCCUGAAAGUAAAAGAAAGCAAAAGGUAAUUUCUGUGCCAAUGUUUUUGAUAAAAUUGAAGGAGAAAAUUAUCAGAGUUGAAAAUAAAUAUGGGGUAAAGGAAACCAAUAAGGAUAGAUGUAUUAAAAUAAUAGCAUUGUAGCACUGUCAUCCUGCUGGUCAUCAAUUUGCUUGAGUGGACACCAGUAAUGUCUCCAUUGUGAGACUUGUUGUUACUGUUUUUGGCAUAUCAAAUACGCCACGGGUAGCUUGCCAGGCUCUGCCGUAUUGGCAGGAUACUCUCGGUAGCUUGCAGGGCUCUCUGAGAGGGACAGAGGAAUCGAACCCGAGUCGGCCUUGUGAAAGACAAACACCCUACCUGCUGUGCUAUUGCUCCAGUCCAUGUCUUAAAAUAUUAAACAAAAAAAAAAGCACAAUGCAAAAUGUAUAACUUAAAAAAGAGGCCAUGGGCAGAUCUUGUUGACCUACCUAAAUGCACAUAGAAUUUUUAAAACUUUUUGGGCCAUACCCUGCUGUGUCCAGGGCUUACUCCUGGUUCUAUAUCCAUUGAUCACUCAUGACAGGGCUCAGGAGAUCACAUAGGAUGCCAAGGAUCAGACUCAUGUCUGCUACAGAAAAGGAAAACACCAAAAAAAGCUGUACUAUCUCUCUCCAGCCCUGUAAAUGUAUAUAUCUAGAUAAAUGCUUCUCUCAUACUUGGGAGACCCCAUUUCAUACCACAGGGCACUUCCUGUCCUUUCCACUUCUUUCUAUUCUCUUGAAUCCCUUCUAAAUUCAGAAAAAGGAAAACACUUUUCAUAAAGAUUUAAGUUACAAAAUGAAAGGACAAGUUGAAAUUCAGGUAAUAUUGAUGAGAAAUGUCAUAUGCAUAAGUAUAAUUGGGAAAUGGCUCACCUCUUAAAGAGAAAUUCUUACAACUUCAUUGUCAGGAUGAUCAAGUUACACAAAGAAAUAAUCAGAUUGUUUUUUCUGCUUCCAUUGUGAAAUACUGGAAUCUAUACAAGAGUAGUAUGGUUUUGUUUCUAGACAGUUAUUAGUAAUAGUAUAGUUUCCAGAGAAACAAAGAGUAAAGGAGGACAUACAUGGAAAGGAGAGAGUGAGACUGUGUGUCAGAAAUGCUAAAUAAAUACGAAAAAGAUGGCAAAUGUGCCAAUUAAAGAGAUACACUGAAAAAAUAAUGAAUAAAAAUUUAGAGUAGGUGAAAUUCACUUAUUUGGCUAUACAACUAGAAAUAACCACAGCAAUAUUGGAUACACAGGAUGAAGAUGGCAUUCAAGAAAACCUACAUGGCCCAGAGACAUACUACAGAGGUUAUUGUACCGGUCUUGUAUGUGACUGACCAUGAUUUGAUCCCUAGCACUGCAUGUGAUUCCCUCAGGACCACCAGGGUUCAUUUCUGACAAGAGUCUACGAGCACUAUUGGCUGUGGCCUAAAAUUGUCUUCCCCAAACAAACCAAUUAAAAGAAUGACCCUUAGGGUCCUUUUACUUGAACAAGAAUGUCAUUAGUAGGACAAUUUGUAAACAUUAGGAACACUGGGAGAGGAUUUGGUUGUUAAAAACAUAUUCUGAUUCAUCUAAUGAUUCCUGUAUAUAUGGUAUAGUAGAAAUUAUAACUAUGUAGAAAUUCUUCCAUGGGAUAUGUAAAAAGCCACUGGAAACUUUUUCUAUACUAUGCUUUUAUUUUUCAUAUACUAUGUGUGUCAACAAAAUUUACAAGAGAUGUGAUUAGUUUAAAGUAUCAAAGAUCCAGGCAUACUAGUUGAUCUUUUUAGAUUUCUAAAAAUAAAGUGAAAAAUUAAAAGACUGCUAAUUAUUCACUGGAUUAAGUAUAAUAAAUUUAGUGAUAAGGAAUAUUUCACAAUAGAAAAGGGACAUUAUACACUGAAAUAUUUCUCACUGAUCAUUCUAAAGCUUGGAAAGACAUAUAUUUCAUAUAGCUUUAUACAUAAACAUAAUACUUUGUUCAGGAGUUAUUCGCAAGGUAUAUACUCUCUAUUUUGACAAUGCUAAGUCUCACAGGAAGAACAUUUGUCAUUUUGGUUUACCUACCAUAAACAUAUCAGAAACUUACAUUCAAUCCAGUGAAAGAGUUAAGGAUAUACUUCACACUAAUACAGAAUACACAAUAUGUAAAAAAUGAAUGAAAUGCUUACACAGAUUCAUAAUCAUGAGCUCCUUCCCCAUUUUUAAUAAAAAUGAAUCAAGAAAACAAGAACAACAAAAGCAAGUAGAAAUAUUAAUGAUGGUCAGAGAAAUAGUACAGGCAUUUUCCACUCAUUAGCAGGCCCCAGUUCGGUCUCAGCAUCAUAUAUGGUCACCUGGUUACCAUCUGGGUUCACUCCUGAGCACAGAGCUAGAGACUGUCCCCCGAUCCUAUCAGAUGUGUCCCAAUGUUCCCCAAAUAAAUCAAUUUAAAAAAAUUGAUAAUCCAGUUGUAAUUACAGAAAUGCAUUUAAGUUCAGUAAUCAAACUCAGUGUUACCAAAAAAACUGUAAAUGUAAAGGCAGUAAGGAGCUACUAUAAUCUUUUUUGUGUGGGGGGGGUGGGAGUAAAAAAGUUUAUUGGAAAGUAGAAAAGAAAAAAGAAAAGAAAAGAAAAGAAAAGAAAAGAAAAGAAAAGAAAAGAAAAGAAAAGAAAAGAAAAGAAAAGAAAAG